ACUCCUUCUUACUACGGACCGUCGGGCCUCUAUCCCUAUCCGGUAUGGGAGCUCCUGGGAACGGACAAAGACAACAAAACGGUAUGAAUGGACGUGGUCAAAUGGGGGGUCAAGGUGGAAUUGGGAUGGGAAUGAACGGACGUGGUCCAAUGGGAGGACAAGGUGGAAUGGGGAUGGGAAUGAAUGGGCGUAGUCCAAUGGGAGGCCAAGGGGGAAUGGGAAUGAACGGACGUGGUCAAAUGGGAGGACAAGGUGGAAUGGGUAUGGGAAUGAAUGGGCGUGGUAAUAUGCAAGGUGGAGGCGGAAUGGGAAUGGGUAGGAACGGACCUGGACAAAUGGGCGGACAAGGGGGAAUGGGUAUGGCGAAUGGGCAACGCAGAAUGGGCAUGCCAAAUGGACAAGGCAUGAAUACUAUGAACGGUCGCGGUUCCAUGGGAGAACAAGCCGGUAUGGGGAUGAAUGGAGGACGUCGUGGACCUGGUAUGAAUAUGCAAGGUGGCAUGGGAAUGAACGGCCCCAAUGGUGGUGGUUCUUAUGCCCCUUGGUAUGGAUAUGGCGGCGGAAAUGGAAACCAAUGGAACAGAAAUGGUGGAAACAGUUAUGGUUACGGACAAACCAUGACCAAUAUCAAUGGACGUCCGGUGUAUGGUCAAUCGUUUUAUACCAUGAAUGGUAGGACCUAUGCAAUGGGCUAUAGAGCCAAUGGACAUGUAUUGACACCUCUAUCAAAUAACACAUUUGUGGAUGGCGCUGGCCACAUCUAUUACAUUGCGGCAACGGACGAUCCUAACGCCUCCACGGACAGCAGCAACUCUGACAGCACAAGCACCACCAAGGCCUCCAGUUGGCGUUAAUGCUUAACAGUUAGCUUAGUCUACAACUACUAACUUGUUUCCCUCUGCAAGAACACACUUGAAUAAAUAUUUAAAAUGUUGCAUUUCUCUCACCUCUUUUGAUUGGAAAAUUUAUUUUGUUGGAAACUCAAAUCUUUUGAUUUUUAGAAUUCGACAAUCAGUUAGUGUUCACUCAGUUCUUCCGCUGCUGAUUGAAUUUCGCAAAUGUAUUCGAUUGUUCUGUUAUUCUGCUUUUCUACUUAUUGUUGUUGUUUGAACCCUCCUUUGCUGUUGUGUUGGCAUGUGGUCUUAGAAGUAUUUGCAUUUCUCCAUUUGUCUAUUUGUCCAUUCUACAAAGGAAAUGCAAUUAAAUUGUGCACACAUUUGUAAUCGAUUUUCGGAAAUUUCUUCCACUUGUUUGGAGAGAUAUUUAAUUUUAGCAGAGAAUAUUCCUUUUGCAUACUCUUAGGAUUGCACGGCAUUGUUUCCACCUACGACAAGGAAGUAAGGGAGCAUUUGUAUGGAAUAGAAGUACCAAGUGCUGAAAAUAUUUAAAAUUGUAAGGAUUGAAAUAAUUAAUUGUUAAAAUUUCGAAUAUUUGAACAUUAUACUAAAAGAAUAUUAUAUAUUCUCGGAAAUUUCUUUACUAGCAUACCUUUGGGAACUUCUUCGCAUAACUUUGAAGUAUUUCAAAAAAUUGUCCCACAGCUUUUCUUAGCAAAAACUUGUGUUUAAUCUUUUUCGAAAGUAUUUUGAACACAACGAAUUAUGCAAUGAAAUUCAUACACAAAACUUAAUUUGGCAUAAGUUAAAAAGUAAAUAUUAAAAAAAAAAACAAAAAGGUAGUCGAAUAAAUA